AUGAAGUGUGUCCUCGAGGGAAAUGGUGUAAAAGUUUUUGGAAAAGCUGUUCAAGCCCUGUCACGGAUUGGAGAAGAUCUGUGGUUGGAUCCUAUGGUUAAAGGGUUGGCUCUGAGAUCAGUGAACGCCGCUCACUCGGCAUAUGCCUGCUUCCUUUUCUCGCCAAUGUUCUUCCAACACUACAGCCUGGGAUCUGGCUCAGAGCCGGCCCGUGAAACCAUCAAAUGCAAACUGGUCAUUAAGUCAGUGCUACCUCUUUUCCGCUGUCUGACUGCCAUUGAGCGUAAUGUGGAACGAUGUCAGAUAACAAUCAGCACUCCCACUGACCGAGUGGUAAUCCAGUUUUUCUGCAAAUAUGGCAUCACCAAGACUUACAGCCUCCGCUUCCAAGAGAGUGAGGCUCUGCAGGCGGAGUUCGCCUCACACCUCUGCCCCAAUGUGCUGAAGGCCCCUGCCAGACUUCUCAGUGAUAUGGUGCUGCAUUUCCCAGUGUCCCUGGAGGAAAUCACUCUGUCUGCCACUCCUCUGAGAUUCACCCUGAGAAACUACCACGAGGCGGGAAACGAUCACAUGAAGACGAUGUACACUGAGAUGUCCUUACACCCUGAUGAGUUUGACUUCUUCCAGGUCGGAGCGGACUCAGACGUAACCUUCUGUCUGAAGGAGUUGAGGGGUUUUCUGUCCUUUGCGGAGUCACAUUGCCUCCCAGUGUCCGUCCACUUUGCUGCUGCAGGGAAGCCUGUGUGCUUCUCCAUGGAGGACAUGGUCCUAGAGGCCACUGUACUGCUGGCUACUCUGAUGGACUCUGAAAACACGGGCCCCUCUCAGCCUGUCGGCCCCCCGGUCCCCACCUCACCCAGAUGUGCAGAUGUUGCUGCUCUACCUGUGGUGUCUCAUGAGGGAAACAGCAGGGAGUCACAGAAUGCUCCUGCUGUGAUGGAGCUGAUCCCAUCCAGUCAGGGCAGCCCUAUGAUCAACCCACCUGCUCUCAGGCACCUUCUGUCUUCAGCUGACGAUCCUCAUGGACCAGACGUACCCGAUGAGGCCAGUGCCAUGGCAACUCCUGCGUCUACCAUGAUCUGCUCCCUGCUGUUCAGGGCUUUGGCGUCAGAGCAGGACGACGAUGGCUGUGAUGUCAGUCUGCCUGUUCUGGCUUGUUACAGUGACACAGAAGACGAGAUGGAGGGAGACUAUACAAGAAGCCCUUCACUGUGAAAAGAGAGUGAAGGGAUGUGAACUUCAUCAUCUCGAUCUGAAA